GUGUGUAUGAACAGCAUGGCCAACAUCGCGGUUCAGCGGAUCAAACGGGAGUUUAAAGAGGUUCUGAAAAGCGAAGAGACGAGUAAAAACCAAAUCAAGGUGGAUUUAGUAGAUGAGAAUUUCACAGAACUGAGGGGGGAGAUCGCAGGACCGCCAGACACACCUUAUGAAGGUGGCAGAUAUCAGCUAGAGAUUAAGAUCCCAGAGACGUAUCCGUUUAACCCACCAAAGGUUCGCUUUAUUACCAAGAUCUGGCAUCCCAACAUCAGCUCAGUAACAGGAGCCAUCUGUCUGGACAUCCUGAAGGACCAGUGGGCAGCAGCGAUGACUCUUCGAACAGUGUUAUUGUCACUCCAGGCUCUUCUGGCCGCAGCUGAGCCUGAUGACCCGCAGGAUGCAGUAGUUGCCAAUCAGUAUAAGCAGAACCCAGAGAUGUUCAAACAGACGGCUCGACUCUGGUCACAUGUUUACGCAGGAGCUCCCGUCUCCAGCCCCGAAUACACACGCAAAAUAGACAAACUCUGUGCCAUGGGCUUCGAUAAAUCAUCUUCAUGUUGUUCCAAACUUUAAGAAAGUGCUGCUGAUCUGACAGAGAGAUCUCCGUUCAUUUCCGUCUCUACAGUAUAGUGCAGGUUUGGAACAGCAUGAAAGUGAGUGAGUGAUCGUUCAUUUCCCCUCUCCGUCUCUCCAUUCUCUCUUUCUUUGGUUGACUUCUUUUGCUUUGGACGUGCCUUUUUCUUUCUGUACAAUCAUCAUCAUCUUUUUCAGAAGGGUCCAGCAGUAGCUCCGCCCCCUCACACACUCACAGCCAAUCAGCACUGCUGUCUUCUCCCUCCUGCACAAUCAUUGGCCCUUUGAUCCGGGAAACAUUUGGUUCUGUUUUUAAAAGCCGUGUCAAACAGACUCUAUCAACACUUCUAGAUGUUAAUCUCAAACAGUGAAGACUGGAAAACACACACACACACACACACACACAAGCGUGCGCAAAUACACAAAAGACGAGAGUUGAUCUGUAAAUAAAGCUAUUAAAGUCUGUAUAAAUUA